AUGCCGGAGAAUGCAGAUCGGGAACGGGGACAUGUUUCCGAUGUGGUCGAACGGAUCAUUUUGUCAGAGACUGCACUAUGGCUGGCUCUGGAGGAUCCAAACCACAAGGAGGCUGCAAUCCACAAACGCCUACACAAGCUAGGGUGGAGAAAGAGAGAGGAAUGCCGGGCCUUGUAUCUGGCUGCACUAAAUUGUAAGUGGGAAAUUGCUAAGAAAAUCCUUAGUGAAGAUCGAGAGAUGCUUUAUGCCAAGUUGACAAAAUCAGCAGAUACAGUUAUUCACAUAGCAGUUACUGCAAAAUGCAUAAAUUUUGUGAAAGAAUUGCUAGAUUUUAUGACAGUGGAAGAGGCAGCUAUACUAAACGACAAUCAUGACACAGCUCUUUGUAUUGCUGUUGUGUCUGGAAUGAUGGAAAUUGCAGAGUUAUUUGUAGCAAAGAAUAAGGAGCUGACAAUGAUACGUGGCACUAGGGGACUUGUACCACUUGGCAUGGCAGCUGAAGCUGGACAGGAGAAAAUGGCUCAAUAUCUUUACCCCAAAACUGAUUUUGCCCUUCUAAAUCGCAAUGAACGGAUUAGGCUCUUCUUUAUUUCCCUUUCCAACAAUCUCUAUGAUUUAGCAUCGAAAAUAUUGGAACGAGAUCCAACAAUGGCUUGUGAACGGGAUGAGAAUGAGAAAACAGCCUUGCAUGUGUUGGCUCAAAAGGAAGACAUGACAAGCAGAGAUGGGCUAAAGAUCGUGGAAAGAUGUACAAGCUCAUACUUCAAAAGCUUCUACAGGGAAGCUUCGACGCCAAAAGUGCCUCACGAAUUACUUGAAAGCCUUUGGGAGCAAAUUCUGGAGCGACCAAAUGAUGAAAUUUCAAAACUAAUAACGAAGCCUUCAGUAAUACUUUUCGAUGCUGCAAUGUCGGGAAAUGUAGAGUUUUUAGCUGUACUUCUUCGCAAGUAUCCUGAUCUAUUAUGGGAAGUUGAUGAAAAAGGUAGAAGUGUAUUUCAUGUCGCAGUUGUGCAUCGGCAAGAACAUAUAUUUAAUUUGAUAUAUAACAUAGGAACCAUGAAAGAUUACAUAGUAGGAAAUGAUGACAAGGAUGGUAACAACAUGUUCCACUUAGCUGGAAUGUUGCCACAUGUCGAAAGACUUGGAGCACCACGUGCAAAUCUUCAGAUGCAACGAGAGCUAUUGUGGUUUAAGGAAGUGGAAAAGAUUGUUCGACCUUCGCAGAGGUAUAUGAAAAAUUCAGAAGGGAAGACACCAAGAGAAAUAUUCAUUGAGACACAUGAACGUUUACUUAAAGGUGGGAAAGAAGACAUGAAGGAGACAUCCAAUUCAUGCAUGCUUGUAGCAACUCUCAUUUCUACCGUGGUGUUUGCUGCAGCCCUCACUGUACCUGGUGCCAGCAGUAAUAUAACAAACACUCCAUUUUUCAGUAAAGACCAGUGGUUUAUGAUUUUUAUCCUCUCAAAUGCAGUCUCACUCUUCACUUCGGCAGCUUCAAUAGUCUUGCUGCUCUCCCUUCUUACUUCAAGCUACUCAGAAAGUGAGUUUGUCACGUCAUUGCAUGCAAGGUUGAUGUUCGGGCUCCCAACACUCUUCUUUGCCAUAACAACCAUGGUCUUGGCCUUUAUUGCUGCCAUCUUUCUAAUCUUUGACUACAAAUUUGUUUGGGUUCCAUAUCUUCUUGCCUCACUAGCCAGUGCCCCUGUGAUUUUGUUUAUUGUGUUACAUUUUAAUCUUUGGGCUGACCUGAUCCGCUCCUACUACUGGUCAAAGUUUUUAUUCCAGCGGAGCAAGUACAAAAUUUUCUAG